CCCGUUUCUUCUUUCAUUCCAUCUUUCCAAUCGAUCAAGGGUUUCAUCUGUUCGCUUAUCUUCCUCACCGAGAUUAUGAAUUGCUCGAAUUCAUCUCCCCUCCCAUCAUUAUCAUCGAACGCCAUGGAAUCUGCAGGGCCACAGAGAAGGGAUGAUCACGUUUUUUAUAGACAUUUUCAUCACAAUUUUGUUUUGAAGGGAGGGGUGCUUGAGGAGGUCCAAGGUCAAUUAGCUGAUUAUGCAGCCGAUUCCCUAAGCAUUGGGAUGAUUUGUUAUGAUAUAGAUGUUGGCACCGAGUUCUACAAAGAGUUUGCCCCAUAAUGAUAGCAGGAAUUACCCCUUAAAUAAAUAGGAUUUCAUGAUACAAAUAAGUUUAUUUAGUUAUAUUAUUUUGUUAUUUUUCCAUGUAUUGGUACGUAAAAUGUAAACAAAUUUGCAAAAUGAAC